AUGAUGCGGCUAAUCAAACUGCAAAUAUUGCUCAAUCUUAUUCUUGUUAGCAAGUAUUUCGUGUUUGCUGGUCGUACGGAUUGGUCAGUGGAGAAGAAUGCUGGUUUUUGGAACGAACAAGCACGAUUAUCUAUUGAAGAAUUGCUGCAACGUCGAGAUAAUACUCGACUGGCUAAAAAUGUCAUCUUAUUUCUCGGUGAUGGUAUGGGCUUGUCCACUGUCACAGCUGGUAGAAUUCGAAAGGGUCAGAUUAAAGGCCAAUUAGGAGAGGACUUCGUUACUGAAAUGGAACAGUUCCAACAUUUAGGUCUAGCGAAAACAUAUAAUAUCGAUGCUCAAACACCAGAUUCCGCAGGAACAGCAACUGCAUAUCUUUGUGGAGUAAAAGCUCAAUCAGGAACAAUUGGAGUCGAUGGACGCACUACACGAGGUGACUGCCGAAGUUCAAUCGGUGCGAACGUAUCGAGUAUACUCGAUUGGGCUCAACAAGCUGGAAAAAAAGUUGGAAUUAUCACAACCACGCGUGUAACACAUGCAACACCAUCGGCUGCCUAUGCUCAUUCGGCUAAUCGUGAUUGGGAAACUUAUGACUCGAAAUCUUUUGGUGCCAAUGAAACAAAACAAGGUUGCGUUGACAUUGCUUAUCAACUUCUAUCACGUAAACCAGCUAUUGAUUUAAUAUUUGGCGGUGGACGUCGAUCAUUCUUUCCGAAUACGGUGAAUGAUGUGGAAUAUCCAAAUAAAAAAGGUUAUCGUACAGACAAUCGAUCACUGAUUGAUGAGUUUUGGAAAGGUCAAUAUAUUUGGAAUAGGAAUCAAAUGAAGCAAGUGACUUUAGGUUCGCCAACGCCGUUACUAGGACUAUUUGAAUAUAACCAUAUGCUAUAUGAAACUGACCGUAACAAAACCAACAAUGACGAUCCACCUUUAUCAGAAUUGACCAAAUUUGCCAUCGAACAUUUUCUAGCUAUGUCUAAAGAUGGCUUCUUUCUUUUGAUUGAAGGUGGGAAAAUCGAUCAUGGACAUCAUAUGACUAGCGCAAGAUAUGCAUUGGACGAAUACGUCGAACUUGAUAAUGCUAUUGGACAAGCAAAACAUACAUUAAAAGAAAAAGGUAUGCUAGAUGACACAUUGAUGGUGGUCACUGCAGAUCAUUCGCAUGUAUUUACAUUUGGUGGUUACUCGUGGCGCGGAUCAAAUAUUUUAGGAUUUGCUUCAUCGAACUCGUUAAAUGUUAGUGAAAUCGAUCAUUUACCUGUGACAAUUAUUAAUUAUGGGAAUGGACCGAAUUUUCCGGCGCCGCGUAAUGCAACUUAUUUGAGUUCGUUGGAUACGAAUUCAUCAGCUUAUCUCUCACCGGCAGCCGUACCACUGGAGGACGAAACACAUGGAGGCGAGGAUGUACCGGUGUUUGCUCAGGGCCCAUGGAGUCAUUUGUUCAUUGGAACAAUGGAACAACAUACUAUUGCACAUAAAAUGGCCUAUGCAGCGUGUUGGGGCGUGUAUAAGAAUCGAACUGGAUGCCUGACAUCAGCCAGAACUGUAACACCGGUAGCCAAAGUUACUCAACGUUCAAAAACGAAUACUGCAUCUUCUUCCAAUUCAAUUAGCUUUUUCAGCCUAAUCAUUUUUUACUUCGCUUGUCUUUUUCAUCAUUAG